AUGGGCUGUCUCAUACACGACGUCAUGUCGUUGAUAAUUCCGGAGAAGUUUCAACACAUCCAUCGUGUUAUGAACACGAACAUCGACGGAAACCGCAAGGUUCCAUACGCUCUCACAGCCAUUAAGGGUGUUGGCCGUCGUUUCGCGUUCCUUUGCUGCCGGAAGGCCGAUAUUGAUGUAACCAAGCGUGCAGGAGAGCUCUCUGAGGACGACUUUGAGAAGAUUGUUACCAUUAUGCAAAAUCCGUCCCAAUACAAAAUUCCAAACUGGUUCCUGAACAGGCAGAAGGAUAUCAAGGACGGAAAAUAUUCGCAGCUCCUCUCCACAGCUGUUGACAACAAGCUCCGUGAGGAUCUUGAGCGCCUGAAGAAGAUCCGCCUGCACAGAGGUCUUCGCCAUUACUGGGGUCUCCGCGUGCGGGGUCAGCAUACGAAGACCACUGGACGCAAGGGACGCACUGUUGGUGUGUCCAAGAAGAAGGGAGGUUAA